AUCUCUGUAGAAAGUUUCUUCAAACUACUUCAAAACUUAUCUGAACUUAUCUGAGUUGUGUCGUGUAGGUGUCGAUUUGUAGACCGGCUGUUUAUGAAGCUAAAAUGUUAGCGAGUAAUUAGCAAGUUAAUGAAUUCGAGUAAAAACGUUUUAUUUUCCCGAGCGGUAUCGAGUCUUGAGCCACUGGAUCGAGUGUCAUUCGAUAGGUUAGGAGGAUUCGUCGCUCCGUAGAGGUUAUGUUUACUGUCAAACAGGAUCUGUUCAAGAGUACGAAAAAUCGUCAAUAUAACCGUGAAAUAUUCUCCACGCGAUGAGAGGUAGUGGCAUGCUGGAUGCUCAUGAAUUUGGCAAGCGAAUAAGGCGAUUAUUGGACGGUAAUUACUCUUACCGCAAGUUACUUCUAUUGCUUGUCAUCUGCGGUGGAGCUCUCUUAUAUUUUGGUCCUCCAUUUGCUCAGUGGCUUUUCUCUAGUAACAGGGAAUCUCUCGAAGCCUUUGAAGAUCGUUGUAUCGGUGAGAGAUUAGCCAGCUUUUACUUUGACACCAUCGAUUAUAGUGCAAAUAUUCUUCAUGAACCACCUAAAGAAGAUGAACAUAAUUAUUUACCCUAUGUUGGUAAUGGAAUAUUGGGAGUACCAGUUUCACCGGAAGGAUGGUUAUAUAUUAAACAUGGGCGCACCUUAUCACUGCCUGUACGAUGGCAGCCACUAGUUUCCUAUCCAAUGUCGGAAGGUAGCCUUUACCGUGAAGCUACCGUAACUCAAUAUACCACAGGGAUUGUUCAUAAGUUUCAGUGCCUUAGGGAAGGUUACCAUGUGGAUUCUCAGUAUUACGUACAUAGAGCUUUCGACAGCUUACUCGUACAGAGUAUAAAAAUUGCCAAUCCUUCUGGUCUCACUCAUGAAGUGCCCUUAAAAACUCAAACAUCUGCAUUCUGGCCUGAUUCACAUACUGAAUCCAUUAAAAUUGAGGUAGAUGGAACGAGUAAUGAAUAUAGUUUGACUUCGGGAUAUGUUUCUUUACCCGAAUCUGAUAAAGUAAUAGUAGUGUCUGUGGUUUAUAAUGUGCCACCAAAAAUAAUGCAAGUUAAACCCAGAAGUACAAUGAAAUUUGAAAUUCUUACAAGUAUACGAUAUAGCGAUCCAGUAUCCUCGGGGCAGUAUCACAGUGAACGUGAUGCUACUCAAAAGAAAGCUAUAGAGAUAAUGAAGAAGGCUUUACUGCGUCAGCAGCAAGGGUUGAAGGAUGGGCAUGUACAUAUUUGGCAGAAUUAUUGGCAUACAGGAUUUAGUAUAAGUGACUCAAAAGCAAAGGAUGCCAUCAAUGGGCACAAGAUUAACUCAACAAUGUAUUACGUUCUGUCGCAAGUACCAAAUGGUAUUCCAGACAUCGAGAAGAGUGUUGCUAAUAAUGAAGGCUGCUUUCGCGGUCAUCACAAUUUAGAUGCACCAAAACUAUGGAAAGAUACCUCGUCAAUAGAUGGAGUUAAUGAGAUAGUCAGAGCAUGGAUGAUAACUUUGGAAAAACAGGGCUGUCAUCAUCUCAUGACAGGUAGCCCUUCCGCAGUGCAACAAGCUAUAGUUCUUAGCCUUGGCGGAUUAAGAUUUAGCAAUCAACAUCUCGAGUUCAAUAUUGAUCCUCAAUACCUACAUCGAGAUUAUUUAUUCAGACGAAUAAGUUAUGGAAACGUUACCCAUGUUAAUAUAUCCGUAAUAGUUGGGGAAGAUAAUCGUGCGGUUCUAAGGGUUGCAUUGGAUCGUAGCGAUAGCACUUACUAUGGAUGUGAUGCAGGCUGCUUGGAUGCUCCAAUUCCGUUGAGUCAAUCCUAUAAAUCAUUUCCUGUAAAGCUUACGAAACCGUUGACUGCCAUUCUAUAUAUUACAUCUGAUCAGCAGCAUAUGCAGGACUUGCGAAACGCGUUGCAUGUUCAUGCCGUUGACGAAGCUCCAGCUCAUGAUCAUCUCGUGAUGGCAUUACACAAGCACGGUCAUCAGCUUGGUGGGCUACCCACCUUCUUCUGGGUAAGCAUAUGUUUUCUGAUCAUUGUAUUCCACCUGUUUCUCUGUAAAUUAAUUUUCACCGAAUAUUGCGAUCAUCAGGAUCGCCAACGGGUGCGAUACAGUAAACCGUAAUCUCUGUAAAUAAUCUGUUAUUGCAAUAUAUAUUUUUACAAAA